GCAUCUCAGCACGUGAUUUGUGUUUGUCAGGGUUGAAGUUGAACAGGAAGGUGAAGGCCUGAUGGUGGGAUCAUCAUGAGCAUGAUGAGUGCAGAUGUGGAGAGGAUGGACAGUCUGGACGGAUGGGUCGCCAUUAAAAGCGACAUAUUUGAGGACAGAGAGACUCACAACAUCCGGUUCCUGGUCCAGUGGAGCGAAGCGGAGUCCAAAUUCGCGGUGAUUUGUCACAACAGGACUCUUCAGCAGAGGAGGAGGAGGAGGAUGAGGAUGAAGGUGGAGGAUGAGGAGGAAGAUGAGGAGGAGGAGGAGUGCAGCUGGGCCGCCAUGUUCUCCGCCUCCGAGCUGAAGCACAUCCACCAGCAGCUGAGCGGCUCCGGGGACGCGCUGUGCGGCUUCCUGCCCGAGCUGGCCGCCUUCACCCAGCCCGGGGUGUGGGACACGCUGCUGAGGAGAAGCUGGCAGGAGCAGCAGAAGGAGCAGGAGCAGGAGAAGGAGCGCGACGUGGAGGCGGUGUGUGUGCAGCUGGAGCGGUAUUUCAGCACCGCGGUGGAUGUGUGCGGAGUGAAAAUCCUGCUGGACACUUUAUUCCCUCAGGAGGAGGAAGGAGAGGAGGACAAGUACUGCGAGAACCUGCAGGAGUUUAGGAGGAGAGCCAUGGAGGAGCAGGUCAGGAGAGCCAAGCACACGCUGGACACGAUCAUACAGAGUCACCGUGCCGCAGCAGGACUCGUGCAGCUGAUGAAGAUCUAUGAGGAUGAGGACGAGGCGUACGGUGAUUUGGUUACCAUAGCAACGCAGUUUUAUCAGCACCAACUGCAGCCAUUCAGGGACAUGAGAGAGCUGUCGACUUUACACACCAUGGAGAUACAGAAAAUGCUGCAGCUACAGGAGCUCGGUCCGAAGCGAGUGUGUGAGUUGGAGAAAGAGGCAGAAGAGUGGAGCAGGGGGGUGAACGAGGCUGUGUGUUCCAUUCAGGAUGUCACUGUGUGUUACUUUACUGAGACGACAACCGCACUGUCAGGCAUGCUGAAACAGAUGGAGGCGGACCGUAAGCGAUUUGGCCACGCCUCCUGGGCUGUAGCCACACCCAGGCUAGAGAAGCUCAAAUUUCUACUGGCUAAAGAGACACUGCAGCUCAUGAGGGCGAGGGAGAUGUGUGUGAACCGCCGCAAAGAGGAAAUCAAGGAGAAGAUGAGCGGUGUGUGUGACGGGGCGAGUGUGUGUGACGUGGACGUGUUGGAGCUGCAGUAUUACGAGGCUCAGCUGGAGCUCUACGACUGUAAACUAGAGAUCCUGAAAAAUGAGGAGCUGCUUCUGCUUGCACAGAUACACACACUGCAGAGACAGAUCAAAGAACUAAAGGAGGAGGUGGUGUAUUACGACGCCUGUGAAGACCCCUUGGAGCUUCAGCAUAUGCAGACAGAUGCUAGCCCCGCCCACUCACGUGGUAACUCCGCCUACUCUCACCUACAGCAACAGCUACUGCAACUGGAGAGGAAAAGAGCAACGACAUCAACACGCAGAGCUACACUGCGCAACCGGAAGGAGAGGUGUGUAGAGGCACGUGAGCUCCAGCAGAGGGCGGCGCAGGAGAGAAUCGCACAACACCAACAACACCACGCGGUGCACCAGAAGCGAGAGAAGAGGAGGGAGGAGGAGGAGAAGAGGAAGGAGUGGGUGCAGAAGGAGAGAGAGAGAACAAUCAACCGACUGCGUUCUUACAGAGAGAGAAGUCAAGGUCAGUUCAUGGUGAAGACCCAUCGCUCCAAUAAGCCCCGCCCUCCUGACCUUGAUGACUCCGACCAGCCCAUGUCAAUCAUCACACUGGCCACACCUACCCAAGCAGGUAGCCACGCCCCCAAGCCCAGAAGGAAGGGGCGGGGCCAGAAGCAGAGGGAUAUCCCGGUGCAUAUUCUUUUACCCCCAGGCGCAGGAGGGGCGGGGCAUGAGCGGACCUUAACUCCUCCCAUUAACCCCCCUCCUCCCCCUCCCCCUCCUCCGCCACCUCUGCCCCCGCCCCCUCCACUAGCACCGCCCCCUCUGUCAGCCCCGCCUCUUCCGCUCAGUGACAAACAACCGGCUGGAAUUUCUACUGCAGGAUCGAUGGAUGAUGUUCUGGCGUCGCUGCAAAGGGGGCGUGUUCACCUGCGUAAGGUCACGCCCAAUCCUCAAGGCGCUUCCACGGAGACCGGAAACUUUAGAGACAGUUUGCUAUCAGCUAUCCGUCAGGGCGUGGCCUUAAAGAAAACCCCGCCCCCUACAGGCUCCGCCCGCUGUCAUGACUCUGAGCUGGAGCUGAGCAUCAAGGCGGCCAUGAUGAGGAUGAAGAAAGUCUCGAACGAAUCUGACGAUGAAGAGCGUCCAGACACACCGCCGGGAGAGUGGGACAGCUAGGAGUGUACACACACACACACACACACACACACACACUACACACUACACACACACACAUAGAGGUAUAGUAGCCAUUUGAAUGUUAUGAAAAUUACACAUAUAGCACUUUAAUUUACAUUAGAAAGAAAAAAAUGGAAUUUUCUGUAUUUUGGUUUUUUUUUUUUUUCCCCUUUUAUGUUUAUUUAUAUCGGAAAUAAAUCUCUAUAGAGUCUGAUGGAGUUUUAAUAAAAGACUGUGAGUUAUUUUAAUAAUUAAAGUUGCUCUGCUGUGGAGGAAGCUUAUUAUAUAAAACCUCAAUCAGCUCCUGAGCUCCUUCUCUUUCCCUUUUUUUCCCUUUCAACAUUAUUUGAUGUAUUUCAUUUCAUUAUUUUAAUUAAAUACACCAAAUUCUCGCA